CAGGCAGCAAUAGAAAAUGCCCGGCCUCCACCUCUGAGUAUUGAAGUGCCUAAAAUGAGAGAUCUUCCAAACAAGUCAAAACCAUGGAGUGAUGUCCAGCUUCCCGUUGACAUUCUCUUGUUGACAGUGGAAGACUGUGAGUUCUUGUCUUGUUAUAGAUACGUGACAAAUGCCUUUAAAAGUUAUCACGUGAAACUUGGACAUGUGUACUUUGGGACAAUGGGUGAAAGUGGAGAGGAGUCAUUGAAAGUUGCUUUGAUGAGAUGUUCUAAAGGUUCUUCUGGUCCAAGUGGUUCUUUAGUUACUGUCAAAAAUGCAGUGGUGCAACUGGGACCCAAAGCUGUGUUUUCUGUUGGCUGCUGCGCAGGUUUUAACCAGAAAGGUACCAAUCUAGGAGAUGUGGUUGUAUCCUCUACACUAACAACUGAUGAAUUCACAGCCCCUGUAAGAAGGAAUAUUGCCAAUCUAAUCAGAUUUUCAACUGAAGGAUGGAAUCCACCAUUAAAAGAUCCAGCAGCUGGAGAACAAGUACAGGUACACCGUGACAGGGGCAUGUUGAGUGGUAUUAAUGAGCCAGCCAUUGCCAAACGACGCCGUAAGUUUGCGUCUCAAAUGAUUGCUUCUGAAAGGGAAGGAGAAGGUAAGAUUUUGUUUAAAUCAAUGGUUUUGUAACAGUUAUAAUUUUAGGUAUAUGCAGUGUCUGGAAAUUGAAUUUUACUAAGUUGCAUGACAGUAGUGAUCCAACAAAAGCCUGACCAUGGUACCACAGUUUGUCAUUGGUACAGUGUAACUACAUGUUUGAAUGUAUUUAGCUGUGUUGUUGUUGUUGUGGUGUGUGACUGCAGGUGUAUGAUGAAACUCUAGAUCAUUGCCACACUGUGUCAACCAUGUCUGACCAUCAUGUUGUUUUCAUGGCUACAGCUAUUCAGUUAUUUCACUUACUUUUAACUGUAAUGUUCAUGUUGAAUAACUAAGAAUUUAAGUUAAAAUAAAGUUGAUGCUUUGUAUUUGUCAGGUUCAACCACCCAAACCAGAGAUCAGGCUCAAUUUUCGUUGCGCUUUGUAAAUAACAUUCCGGCAGGCAAGGCGAAAUGAAAAGAGAGCCUGAUACAAACCUUUUACAAAACAUCUGCCACCCACUUUUUUGAUUGAUUGACAUUUGCCGAAUCAGCCAACCAAAAUUACUUCCGUUGCUUGUUUUUUUAGUAUGCAAAUUUUCCAUACGUGGGAAAGAUGCAGACUCGCUGACUUAAAAAAGUAGCUUUUAUCUUUUAAUUUUUUUCAACUAAAAAUAAAACAGUCAGCAUUUACCUUCUUGCGAGAUUAAAGGAGAUCUUGGAGGUUGUUUUUGUUGGCGUAGAAGGUAAAAAGUUUUCAAAAGACAGCGACACCAGAUGUUCUAGUUUUAACAUUUUGGUCAGGCGCAUUUGAAUUUAAAAUACUGAAAUUUCUUUUUUUCUGUUGCCUUUAUAUUUCUCUCGGCAAUUCUCCUCGAUUGUCAGUACAUAAAUCUUUAAAAAUCUUGGAGAAAUAUAUUGCAAACUUUUUCAAAGGAUAUAUAAAUUUUCUCAGAACAGCGAGUUCUCAAGUGCAUUAUUUUACUUUAGCUGAUUUAGUCCUGUGAGUACACUUGCAAUUUGUGAAUUUACUAGAGAAACAAAUCUUUUAAAAAAUGUAUUUUUGUAUAAAUCCAUGUAAAUAUUAUCACUUUGGAAAGAUGAAAUGACACUACUAAAACUGCAUGCUCAACUGACCUAUAAACAAAGCGAAAAACAAUAUUACAAACACACUUUGAAGUUCUCCUUUAAUUAGUUGGGUUGUUGUUUUACUGCAGGUCUGAAAAGCUCGCUAAAUUUAUGUAUCGAAAUUAGCAAACAGCCAACAGCCAAUGAGCGAGGACACCAGUUUCCCUGGUUUAUUUUUUACAAAAAGCGAAGGCAAACAAGCCUGUUACCUUAAGACUAGUGCCACUAGCUUUUAUGAUAAAACCUACAAAAUUCCUUGAACAGGGAUGCGAUAUUUUUUGUCUAAUACUUCACAGUUGGCGAUUGAGGUUUCUUUUGCAGUGAGUCUCCGCUUAAGAAUCCCGUUCAGAGAAGUCAUUCCUGGCUAAACUUUCAAAUGAAACAAGUUUUAAGAUGGACAGUAUUUUGAUUUGCACUCGUUUGUUAGAAAAUCAAAAGGCACCUUGUUCGCGGUCAGCAACUUGGAGAGGGAUUCAACUCUGCGAUACACACACAUUAGUUCGGCAAAUAAAGCAAAUACUGAGAAGAUAUGAACAACCACCUGAAUUUUCUGAAUUUCCAAUUCAAUGGCAGAUAUUAAGGCAUAAUAUUAUUUUUCCUGUCAUGAGACCAUAAAACAAUAAAAGAAGACAGCAAAAUCUGUCCUUCUCUCUCUCCGCCAAUGGUGGAUGAUCCAUGAAAACAACCACACCAUACUGGAAUAAGCGCUUUCAACUUCCGUUGAUUCCAACAGCCAAUCAGAUCUUGUGGUUCUGCAAGAACCGCUAAAAUUAGGCCUGAUCUUAGGUUACAACAUUGCAUGACUGGUUUAUAUUUUUACUUUUUAUUGAUAGGACUGUUUGCUGCAGCACAUGAUUUGAACCUUGAAUGGGUGAUUGUCAAAGGGAUAUCACAUUUUUCUGAUGAUAACAACACUCCUAAUGAGUCCUGGAAGUCAUUUGCUUCCGUCAUGGCAGCUUCUCUUGUGUCCAACAUGUUAAGCGAUCCAGUUGUUUUUAAAGAAUGGCCUCACUAUGAAGGUAUGUAA